AUGUCGACCGAGCAGGAGCACCAUAUCCCCCAGAGGGGUGGCUACUACUCGGGCCGCAACCGCAUCCCCAACAUCAAGGAGUUUGCCGCCGCUCUUGACCGUGACAAGAAGCAGCGCGAUGCCAAGAUCGACGCCGAGCUCAAGUCAAAGCAGGCCUCUGGUGGCUCUGGCAUCAAGGACCACAAGAACCAGGCUCAUGGCGGUGCUGGCAACGGCCGCGUCGUCAUGGACCCCGUGACUGGCAAGGAGGUCACCAUUGACGAUGUCGACGUCGAUUUCAUGAAGGCCGUCGAGGAUCCCCAUCUCUCCGUACCAAACGCCAACCUGGGCAAGGAGGCGACUGUAAAGACAGAUGCCUCACAGUCUGGAGAAGAAUAUCGUUACAAUCAGGAUGUCACCGCCCCGCCUGACCCGGUGGCUACCGGAGCCACCUCUGAUGUGCCAAUCCACGGCGAAAAGACCAACAUCCUCUUCCACCCAACCCCAUCAGUUUCAUACGAGCCCAUGUUUGCGGUCAUCGAGCAGCGAGCCACGAUUCUGUGCAUCGCCAGCUUCUUCGCCAUCAUGUUUGUCGGAAAAUUCUUUGGCGGUCGGCUGAUAGGGUUAUUCCCCUUGGCCGUCUGUAUCUCGUCGGGGAUUUUCCUCUGGAUGAAGGAUCUCAUCCGGCAGGGACAAGAUAUCGAGUGGUCCAGCGAGCAAAAGCGUGGAGAAUAUGCUACAGCCAACCUCAUCCCGGAGUCUGUGGAGUGGAUGAACACGCUUCUCGGUGUUGUCUGGGGCCUCGUGAAUCCCGAGAUGUUUGCCGGCAUUGCAGACACUUUGGAGGACGUCAUGCAAGCCUCUGUCCCGGGCAUUAUCGAGAACGUAAAGGUUGCAGACAUCAACCAGGGCAACAACCCAAUCCGGAUCCUCAGUCUGCGAGCUCUUCCCGAUUCACACAUGAAAGAGCUCAAGGAUGAGAUGCACAAGAACAACGAGAAGGUUAAGGAUCCGCAGGAGCUUGCGGCGGAUGAGGAGGGUGGUGACUACUAUAACCUUGAGGCGUCCUUCGCUUAUCAUGCGAAACCCUCUUCCGGAGGUGGCAUGGCAGGCAAAGCCGCCAACAUGGGCAUGCAGCUCAUCUUCUACCUUGGAGUGAAGGGCUUGUUCGGUGUGCCGUUGCCGAUUUGGGUUGAAUUGAUUGGACUCGUCGGGACAGUACGCAUCAGACUGCAGAUGUCUCCGGAGCCACCGUUCCUCAAGUCUGUCACGUUCACUUUGAUGGGAGUUCCCAAGGUGCAAGCUGGAUGCACUCCGAUGCUUGAGCGUGGUGUAAACAUUCUCAAUCUUCCUGUCAUCUCCAACUUUGUCAACUGGGCCAUCAAGACCGCCGCAGGCAUGUACGUUGCGCCAAAGUCUAUGACCAUCGAUCUUGGCGCCAUCCUCCAGGGCGACGACAUCACUAAAGAGACGCACGCGAUGGGCGUUCUCUUCAUUCGCAUCCAUAAAGCGGUCGAUCUCGCCAAGCAGGACCACCGAGGCUCACAGGGAGGUGGCUCCGAUCCGUACAUCACUGUCAGCUUUUCCAAGUUUGGAAAGCCCAUGUACUGCACAAGAGUCAUCCAGGACGAUCUCAAUCCCGUAUUCGAAGAGUCUUGUGCCCUUCUCGUCACGUCGGAUCUCAUCAAGGCUGACGAGCAGCUUUCCAUGGAGUUGUGGGACAGCGACCGGUCCAGUGCCGAUGACGUUGUUGGCAAGGUUGAACUCUCCUUGCAAAAGUUGAUCCAGCACCCGGGUCAGAUGUUCCAGCAAGUCUCGAAACUCAAAGGCCUCAAGGCCGAGAGCAGCAUGCCUGGCGAGCUCCACUGGGAGGUCGGCUACUUUGGCAAGACUCAGUUCCGGGCUGCCCUUCGUACUGAUGGCAAGGACCUGAGCCUUCCAAAGGAGCUUCGUGAUAAGAAGGAACUUCAAGACGACAAGGGCGCUCUCAACACUGCUGAAGAGGACGCUGUCGCUCACACACCGCCGGACCCUCUGUGGCCCUCUGGUAUUCUGAGUGUCAUUGUUCACCAAGUUGUCAACCUCGAGCUCGAGGACGUCAAAGGCUCAGAAGGAGGUAACCGCAAGGGUGGCAAGGAGUACGAGCCCGCACGCGAUGCUGGCGAGAUCAAAGAGGAGCAAGGCAAAAAACUGCCGUCUGCUUACUGCACAAUCUUGCUCAACGACGAACUGGUAUACAAAACUAGAACCAAGGUGGCAUCCUCCAAGCCAAUCUUCAAUGCUGGUACAGAACGAUUCGUCAGAGACUGGCGGUCAGCUAUCGUCACUGUCACUGUGCGCGACUCUCGCAACCGCCAGCACGAUCCGAUCAUCGGCGUCGUGCCUCUGAAGCUGUCGGACAUCCUCCAGACUUCGAGCCAGGCCUCUCGCUGGUAUCCUUUGGAUGGAGGGAUUGGUUUCGGGAGGGUCAGGAUUUCACUCCUCUUCCGGUCUACAGAAUUGAAGUUGCCCCCCAGCAGCUCGGCUGGGACGUUGUUCUUGUCUGACAGCAUCACCUCUACCUUUGGUGGUAAUUCAAAGGUCAAGCUGAAGCUCCGCACUGGUGGUAGCUCGGCUGUGGUAAAGAAGGAAGCAUGCAGCAAGGAAGGCGACGGCCUUAGUUGGAACAUCAGCGGUGUUACCAACAACCCUCGACCACGCCUCCCAGUUCGGUACCGGUACAGGUCACCUGUCUUUAUUGAGUUCCACAUCUCUGGCAAGCGCUCGACAGAGCACUUUGCCGCCAUCUGGCUGUCAGACCUCGUCGAUAACGAAGAGACAGAACUGGACCUGCCAGUCUGGAAGUGCAACCACAGCGUUCGUCUGUCACAAAACUACAUCACACAAGAGAACUACAAGAACAUCCCCGACAUCGAUAUCGAAGAGGUCGGUCGCAUCCGCUUCCGUGCCAGGUUCAAGGCUGGCACAGAUCGCGAUCAUUACCGGUUCGUCAGCGACAACGACUCACGCGAGACCAUCGAAUCAUGGGAAGCGUGCUUCGCUGAGGGCGUCCGUAAGGAAGAGGUGACCAAGGAUCUGCCGCCUUCUAUUGAGAAGCUGCAUGAACAGUCCCUCACGCAUGGCCGUGAUGUUCUUGCCAUGGCGUCCGAAGAGGACAAGAAGAGAUGGCUGGCUAAGGAUGGCACAAACUGGACCGGUGCUUUUGGCAAGGACCCUGCCGAGCUCGUUCGCAGUCGCCGUUACCAAGACGAGCGCGAGUCAGACUACCAGUAUGAAUCUGAUGAUUCAUCGCAUGAAGCAGGAAGCUCAAGCUCGGGUUCGGCCAACAGACAAUCAACUGAUCUUGGAGUUUCGGACGCAACAACAGAUCAUGCUGAUGGAGACAGCGCUGGCCGUCCCAGCGACGUCACCGACAACACACUGGCUAGCACCACUAGCAACACAAGCAAUAAGAGCGGCAGCAGUAAAAACCCGGUCAAGGCCUUCAGGGACUACAAGGAGAAGAAACGUGACCUCCACAGGCAGCAUCGUGGACUGAUGCAAUGGCGCCCCCUCCGCAAUGUUCAGUUCGCUAAAGACGAGACUACCUUUGCUAUCCGACGACUGACGAAGGUCGGAUCUCUCAGUGGACGGCAGCCAGACAUCGAGAGUGAAGUCUGA